GAGCGCCAAAUUCUACUGCAAGGUUGUGGAGGCUUUUUGACUUAGUAUCCCGAGUUACAGAUCACCAAUUUGAUUGAUAAUACAUUUGGAUAUAUUUAAUAAUCACAUUAAUAUGCUCACCUAAAACUGAUAAAUUGUUUUAUACAUAUAAUAUUAUGCUUCAUGUUUACGAUACGAACAAUGAUGACAACAGUGGUCAUCCUAAACCUUCAAGAAAAAAUCAGCUGAAUUGUCAUGGCAUUUUUGUAACCAGUGAAGAUUUAAAUAAUUCACUCCAAACAUUGUCAUCUUCAGUUGGUUCGCAAAAAAUUUAUUUGAAGCCUUUACCUAAUGAAAAUGAUAUGUUAAAUUCUAGACUAUUGAAUGAUGAUAAGAAACGAUUACCAAAAGCUGAACGUUCUGCUCUGCUACCAUUCUCAAGUGAUGUUGACUGUUCAACACCUUCACCUCCAUUAUCUACCAGAUCUACACACAAUAAUGACAAUUAUUUAGAGUUGUUCGCAUCUCAACCAACUAAUACUGCUGCUACUCUACAACGAAACUCUUCCUAUUCACCAAGUGACAGCAAAAAUUACACUAUCAAAUAUACUGGUAAUUCUACUCAAUCAACAAUUACUCCAAUUAAUGAACAAGAAAACGAUCGACAGUCAUCACAACAUCGAAAACCACAUCGUCAACGUCGACAACACCAUCAUGAGAAUCAUAGUUCAUUCCAUCGGCAUAGUGUAUUACGUCAAUCACUCGGUGGUAUUAAUGCAUUAACUCACCAUACAAAUGCAUUACAUCAAGAUUCAUCUGAACCAGACAAUGAAAUAUCGCCUAAAAGUUAUGACAGUAAUGUUGAGGAUAUCAGAAAAUGUACACCUAAACGAGUCGAUGAUAAAUUCAUUGAUUAUUUAUCAUCAUCAGGAUCAUCGAUUCAUACUAAUAGCAGUAGUAAGUCUUUGAAGAAUUCUAAUCACUGUCAUCAUCGUCAUAAUGAUGAUGUUGAUGACUAUCAGCGAAAAACAUUCCGUUUAUCAAACUUACCAUCUUGGGAUCAUUUAAAUUAUGCAUUAAAACCUUUUACAUCGAAUCAUCAUGGUAGCGAAACAAAAUUUAAAGGAUUUCGUUUAGUUCACAAAGCUAUACAAUCGGAAUAUUGUCUACCUCGUGUACAUAUUAGUAGUUAUAAUAAUAACAAUAGUAUUCCAUUUCAAUUGAAUGAUAUUAUUGUCAGUGUGAAUAAUCAUAAAUUAUCGACAAUGUCCGAAGCAGAAGCAUUACAAUAUGUAUAUAAUGCAUUUAAAGAUGCACAACAUUAUACUAUUGAUGUAGACAUUCUAAGAUCAUCAAGAAAAUCUUUUAAUAAUGAAUCAUCUUCUACAUUACUCAAACAAUCAUUGAUAACUCGUCAAAAAUCCGACUCUGGUUAUUCAAAUUCUAUCGAAGUAAAUAUUCCCAAGAAUCCACAUCGACCAAGAAGACGACGAGAAGGUGAAUGUAAAAAUUAUUCAUCUUGUGAAAUCACUCCAGAACGUUCAUCUUACAAAAACGACAAAAAAGAACAAAAAGAUCGUACUCUAUUGAUCCGUAAUACCAAUAGAACCAAUUUAAGUCGUUUAAGCCUUAUGGAUUAUCCGGAUUCGCCUAAUGUAUGCCUUAAAUCACGUCAAAUGUCGGUUGUUGACAGUGUGUCCCGUAAUUCCAGUGACAACAAUCAUGGUGUCGUUGACUAUGAUGAUAGAAUUAAUACAGCAACAUUUGCCUCAUCAUUGUGCAGUAGUAAUCUAGCAGACAGUGGAUUUGUGACAAUACGUCGACCAAAACAACCUUCACGUUUAACGAUAAUCAAUAGUGAUAGUGGUGAUGUUGCAAACAAUCGAUUUUCUUUAACUAGUGCUGGGCUUCUCUCUUCUCUUGAUAACAGUAAUAAUAAAGCAAAAAAUUCACCGAAACAAGUAUCACCGAAAGUCGACACCAUUGAUAAUCGACAUCUUGAUAAUGAUCGUUCAAAUUCUCGCACACUUACACCUCACACCACAGAAGUUACAUCACCUUGUAUUCCAAGGAGAUCGUUAAAUAUGUCAAGCAAAGAUCCAAAUGCAUUCAAUACUCGAACUAUUGGUCAAACAAUGCAUAUUCAGUUGACAAAGAUGUUAACUACCGGUCUUGGUUUCACAUUGACUAGUCGUGAUACACAAACACAAAGUUCACAAAUGUCUGAUCCGGUGUAUGUGAAAAAGAUUUUACCCGAUGGCGCUGCUAUACAAGAUGGACGUUUACUGGCCGGUGAUCGUCUAUUGGCUAUUGACGGUGAAGAAGUUCGUUCAUUAAAUCAAGUUUUAUCACAGUUACGAUCAUUGACACCAGGGAAACAAGUGGAUUUGCUUAUAUCUCGGCAAAUGUCUUGUGAUUUAGACUCGAAUACUCGUAAAUCUUCACAAAAACACUUACCUCCACGUCCGUUUAUGACUUGUACCUUUGAGUAUCAACUUCCAUUGGAUACUACUACUAAUCAAUCAGAUACUAUAAAAGGACCUCCAGUAUUAGGAAUCAAUUUCAAAUGGUCCAAUGAUAUUUUAACAUCACCAUUAUUAUCUUCAUCCCCAUCAUCACCACAGACAGUAACUACAAAGUCAAUUACAAGACCAGCUUCUCCAUCUCAGUAUUCUCCUAUCCCAGGUUUAUAUGUCGAUAGUCUUCUGCCUGAUACUCUUGUUACUUCAAACAAUCAUGUAACUGUAAAAACUGGCGAUCGUCUUGUUGCAAUUAAUGAGGAAUCUGUAGAUGGAAUGAAUGCUAAAACUAUUGCAAAUAAGUUGAAAAAUGUUAUCAAACAAUGUCAUGAGCGAAAUAUUAGUAACUCCGAACAAUCGUCAGCCUCAUUCACUCUCACUGUUCAUCGAUAUAAGAAUCAAAAUGAUCGUCGAUCAAGUACUGGAGAUACAUUGAAACUAACAUCUGCACAUCCACCAAGUUGUAGACACAUUAAAACAAUACGUGGUGAAGCAGUAGAAAAGGGUCAUCCUGGUCGUCAUGAAAAUAGUAAAUUGAAUAGCCCAGCUGAUUCACAAGAUACUUGUUCAUUAUCGUUUACAUUAAAUGAUAGUCGUCGACGUCUGUUAUAUAGAUCUGACUCGAUAUCUUCUGAAAUUGGAUCACAUAUAUUGCAUCAUGAUUAUCAUGGGGAUUCUCAUUCACAUUUAUCUAGUCAAAGAUCAGAUAUUCAUGAGGAUAAUCAUCUGUUAUCAACAGAAUCGUUGUUAAAAGUAAACUAUCCUACAUCAAGAAAUUUAUCAGUACCAUCUAACAGAAACUUUUUACGUGAUGGAUUUGGACGUCGUAGUGUUUCAGAAAAACGUCAUGGUCAUGUGGAUGCUUCACAAUAUUCGUUUUUUCAAACAAAUAUCCUUCCUAAUCGUUAUAAAAUGCCAGAAGAUGUUGAUAAACAAUAUUCCACUAUGCCAACAACACGUCGACUUAAAAUGCAUAAAGCUCGAUUGGCCGCUGCUGCUGCCAAUGUAGAUUCAUAUUCCUCGAUUGGUGGAGGAGGUCUAAUAUUUAACAAUUCAGCAUCAUGUACAAGCUCAGGUCCUUUAAAAGCAUUACAUCCAUUAGACAAUGUACUACCACAAUCUUUAUCAAAUACAUCUUACCGAGAUCCAGAGGAAAUAGACAUCGAGUCUCAGCUAGAUCAACCGCCAAUUCUAAGAAAUCGAAAGCAAAAUACUAGUUUCCGUCAUGCCGUUGAUCGUUCAUUUUACCCUACUUCUACUACCACUACUACUGCUGCUGGUACUACUACCGCAUACUAUAAUUCAUUUGAUACAAAUGCUUCCCCAUCAUCUUCUGCUCCCCCCAUACCACCACAUCGUCCGCGUAGUGAAAGCGGCACUCGUGACAAGUUGUCUAAUAAUCCUCAGCAUAAAAAUUCCAGCAAAACAAAAAACUCCGAUCCCUUACCUGAAAAAUCCACAGGUUCUAUUUUAUUCUCUUCUUCUCCUUCAGUCUACAAAACAAUUGAUAAACUUGAACGUGCUCAUUCGAAAUCUCGUCCAGAAAUUCAUUCAAAUAAUUCUGUCUUAGUCAAACAUUCAAAGUCAUCGUCACAUUCCAUUUCAAAUAAUAAUCCCCCUACUGAACAAAAACACAGUAAAAGUGGACGAAUAAGUUUGAAAAAUCUCUUCAGAAUUGGUAAUUCUAAAACUGAAUCUGAAUUGAAUGGUGACUAUUUAUUACAUAAUUCUAAUCAAUCUAAACCAAUAUCAGAGACACCAACUGUUCUGUCCAAAAAACAGUUGCGACGCCUUUCAGUUCCAGAAUAUCAAUUUACUAGUAAUCUCUUAACAUCAACAAAAUUAAUCGAUAAAAUUCAUGAAAAAAACAGUUAUAAUAAUCCUACUUCUACCACUACCACAACUUCUACUAUUCCAUCUGUUCAGCAACUCUUUAAUCGUUCAUCUAGUCAGUCAAAAUUAUCUAACACUACUCAUUAUAUGAAUUCUAAUGUAAUUUGUAAUGAUUCUAUGUACAAAACAAUAUCACCGAAUAUAAUGAAUAAUAAUAAUCAUAAUAAUUACAAGACUAUUUCUGUAAAUCAUCCAUACUGUCCUCCACCUGAUAUUAGUCCACCUCCGCUACCACCUCGUGUCAGUUAUACAACACCACCUAUAUUAACAAUGAAAUCGAAUAAUUCCAAAAUGAUUAAAUAUCGUCCACUGCCAGAAGAGCGAUCUAAUAAUGAUCCUCGAAUUAUUGAUGAGACAAGACAGAAUAGACGCAAAAAAUCAUCAUACUCAAUGACCACAUCUGUUAUCUCAUCCCAUUCAACUACUCAUCAAUCAAAAUCAUCUCCAAAAAUCACUUCAACAGCUUCGUCUCCGACUUAUUGCUUAGCAUUGAACACUGUUGAUCCAACCGUAUUAUCAACAAGUAUUGAACAAUCGAAUUUUGGUCAUGACGACAAUAACGCAUUAGUAACUAACAACAAUUCUCGUAGUCGUUGUCGCCGUCAUCAUCAUCGUUCUGAACAUCAUAAAAAUUCUAACCAACAGGAUGGUAUUCUCUCCGAAAGCUCCACUAAAUCCCAGACACCUGCUAUUUACAUGAAUUCUAAGCAGAUAAGUAAAGAUUAUAAAAAAACGAAUCCAUCUCCUCAUCGUUCACGUUCAACACAUGCUCGUCUAUCAUUGAAUAAAAGUCAACAUAAUAAUCAUGGUAAUAUAACAACAACAACAACAACAAACACAGUAGCAACAAUAAUGUCAACAAUGAAUUCACCUGAAUUCGUUCACUAUUAUCAAGCACCAGUAAUUUCUAGUCAUUCAGCUAUGUCAACUCCUCGUCGUCAUCGUCGUUUACAAGAUGGUCGAAAAUCAGAAUAUCAUAUCAAUAAUAGUUAUAUAGAUUUUACUAAAAUAACUAUUGAAAGAUAUGAAGCACUGAACAACAGUUUCAUUUUAUUAUAUGGACUCUUCAACAGCAGUGCACAUCCAGGACCAAAUUUGAGAUCGUAUCCAGGUUUAUCGACAAAUGCUUAACGAUUGCUGUCGUAUUUUUGAGAUUCGCUUAAUAAAAACAACAAAUCACUAUGCAAGAGGCAUCAUUAAUUGUCUCAUUUCCAAUGGAUAAAUUAAUUACUCCGAAACAUUCAUCAAUCCAUCAUCAACAUUGAUGUGUUAUCCAACAUGAACUUACUUAAUAUUUCACUUGUGCAACUAUUAUUUCCGGUUUUGUGAAUUGUCAAGAUAUGAUCUAUCUAUUUACUUACUUGAAAAAUACCCCCUCCCACACACACACCUCCUGGUAAUUAUUUUGAUACGUUGACUAUUUAUAAUUUUCUUUCAAUAAUACUGUUAGAUUCAGUCUUCAUUGUAAAACAUACAUAUCAGCGGCUAAAAUCUCAAGAAUUCAUCAAUUUUUUUGUGUAGAAUAUGAUACAAUUUCGUUUCACUGUUGUUGUUUUCCUGUGUGUGUGUGUGUGUGUCCUCUUCUUGAUCCUGAUCUGGAAAAUGUGCCUUAAACUUUUAUAAUUAAAUUUGUGUCUAUUUCGAUAAGUGUUGUUGUUGUAGUUGUUAUUGUCUCUGUCGUUAUGCCUAGUUCGUAGUGGAUUAUCACAACCAGCGAUAUCAUUUCGCAUAUAUUCUGUCUUAUUUUUAUAAGCAUACAAUUACAUAUCAUUAUUAUUAUUAUUAUCAACCAGACUAUUUUACUUAUGAUUACCUCUCUAUGCUCCGUCGAAAAAUUUUGGAAUUUGAAAUUGUCCAUUGUAUUCUCUAGUUCUACUCUCUCUCUCUCUCUCUCAUCCUGUAUUGGUUGGUUUGUGUUGUGUGUGUGUGUAGUAAAUUCUUGAUCUCAAGUAACAAAAUCAUGCCUUUUAUUCUGUUUUUCUCAAAUGAUAAUAAAAAUGUGAGAACAUUUUUGUAUUUUGAAUCAUUGUUCCUUACACACACACACACACACACACAAUCUCUCCCCCUUCCUUUAAUAUACAUAUACAUAUCAUCAUGAUUAUGUAAUAAGAAUAAUAGUGUGUACAAAUUGUUUUGUUUUUUUAAUGUGUAUUUACUUUUGAUACUUUACAAUUUAUCUUAAUUUACUAUCACUAGUUCCAUCAUGUUAAAUUUUCACCACCACCACCACAACAAUAAUAAUAAUAAGAAGUCGUAACCAGUGUCAUGUUUGAGGUGAACAUAUCCUUUUCAAUUUAACGUUUUCUAAUAUCUUCACAUUCAUUAUUAUUGAUCCAUAUAUUAUCAUCAUCAUCCUAUUGUUGCCAUGAGUAUUAGAUGAUAGUGUUCAGUAAUAGAUGAUAUAUAUAUAUAUAUUCUAUAUCUUUAAUAUUUCACAUUUUUGCUGUUGUUGUUAUUGUUCCUUGAUAUCUAUUAUCAAAUGGCUUCUUUAUUGUCAAACUAUUUGAACGAUUUCAUAGCAUUUAUUUCCUUACUUUGAGUAAUUAUUGCAUCGAGUUUCGUUAAUGCUGAAUACAAAUAAAUGAGGCAUCUCUUCUCUCUCUCUCUAUGUGUGUGUGUGUAAUGUCUAUUCGUCAAUAGUUCUUUUCAUUGUAUAUUGACAAAUAUCAAUAGUCUAUUCAUAGUUAGUAGUAUAGUGUUGAGUAUUUUAAUCCUAUUGAUUCUAUCAUCAUUAUUUGUAUUGGUCAAAUGGUGUGAAAAAAUAACCUUGUGAAUCUUUGUUUUUGUUUUUUUUCCCUCUCAAAUGUAAGUAUCCACCUUAUGAUCGAUCUCCCUGUUUCGUUCCAUGAACCAAAUCGAUUCUUCCUUCUCUUUUCUUUUCUAUACAUAUGUAUAUGUACACUGACCCAUUUGAAUUGUUCUUUUGCCAGUUGGAUCAUAUUUAUUUUUUUUCCUGAUUACUUUAUUUGAUUUGCUCUUCAAUUGUUGAGUAACUUUUUCUUUUGUGUGUGCGUGUUACCUUGUCAACUUGUGGUAUUUUUUCUCUUUGCUGUUUUGUUAAUUUGUCUACUAUUUAAAAAAACACAACUAUGAAUAGUAAUUGAAUAAAAAAGCUUUGAGUUCUUCCUAUUUUUUUUGUUUUUAGUGUUGAGGAUAUACAGUUGUCAAUAGUUGGUUGUCAAAAUAUCUACGGUAACCGUCGUGUGCUUCACCGAUCCUUAAUAUAAUUUUGGGAAGGUGCAAUUUGUUAAAUUGAUCAAGUUAAAAGAGAUAGCUACUAUCGAUUGUUGAUAUUAGAUGGAGACCAAACUACAUUACGUAUUGUUUGAAGUUGAAAAUAUGAAUCCAU